CUCAUUUUUCCAUUAGGAAUUAAAAAGGAGAUUUGCAUUGAUCCAGAGGAGUAAGGAGUUUGGAGGAGGGAACCUUGUAGGAAUGUUUUAAUCAAGUCUAAAAUUCUCAUGGACUGGACAAACACUCUGGAUUUGAACUCUGGUACCCUCCAAAAGACAUGCCGAGCAGGUGCCUCACGUUUACUGUCGGCUUCAGUCUGGAAGUUCUUGGAUAGGAAUUUGUUCCUCAGGAAACCGUUCCUGGUCACCAGCGUGCCUGGUUGUGCUGCCAUUCGAAGUUAACUAAUGAAAUAACGCUAGUUGAGACACGAUGUCGUCUGGAAACGCCCGCCAAACGUUCACCAAACCAGCGUUUGGUGAAAAGGAAGCAGCCGAGUUGGUUGACAGAGUAUUUGGAUUAAAGGUGUCUUGGGUCGGGCCUCUCCCCAGCUACGACGACCAGAAUUUCCACGUGCGCGUCUCGGGGGGCGCGGGUGCGCCUGGAGGGGCGGAGGAGUACGUCCUCAAAAUCACCAACUCCGAAGACAGCCAGGAGCCUGACCUCAUCGAAGCGCAGACCCAGGCCAUGAUGUUUCUCAGCGCCGAGGGCUUUCCCUCAGCUACGCCUUAUCUCACAAAAGACGGUAACAUCAUGUCUCUGGUGUCAGGAGGUGCUGGAUCUGGGAACAAAAAGUACAUGGUUAGACUGCUGACUUACCUGCCAGGUACACCUGUGGCAAAAAUUGCUAUAAAUAGGCAGAUUUUGUAUGAGAUUGGUAAGCUAGCUGCCAGUUUGGAUAAAGCUCUCUCAGAGAAAUUCCAUCAUCCAUCAGUAAAAAGUCUGCAUCGAGGGCAAUUCAUUUGGAACCUGGCAAAUGUCCCUCUUCUAGACCAGUAUAUUUAUGCCUUGGGCCAGAACAAAUAUCGUGAAGUUGUAGAGCAAGUUAUUCAGCAGUUUAAAAGGAAAGUAAUACCUAAGCUAACCAGUUUUCGAGCCUGUAUCAAUCAUGGGGAUCUCAAUGACCACAAUAUUUUAGUAGACUCCACCUCUGCUUCCCUCGAGGCUCUUCAGUACAGAGUAUCCGGCAUUCUGGAUUUUAGUGACAUGAGUUAUGGGUAUUAUGUAUUUGAAGUUGCAAUAACUAUCAUGUACAUGAUGAUAGAGAGCACGGAUCCUCUGGGUGUCGGAGGGCAUGUUCUGGCAGGGUUUGAAAGCAUCCUCCCUCUGACAGAGGAGGAGAGAGCUGCUCUCUUUCUCUUGGUGAGUGGGAGGUUUUCGCAGUCGCUCGUCAUAGCAGCCCACACUGCUCUCCUGUACCCAGAGAAUAAAGAAUACCUCAUGAUCACAGCAAAAACUGGAUGGAAACACUUGAUGGCAAUGUUCGAGGUGGGCCAGGAAGCUGUGGAGAACAUGUGGUUUGAGACUGCAAAAGCAUAUAUGGACCAUGGGCCUGCAGAGUAGAGCAGCGGCUGCACGGUAACGCCUGACUGUAUCUAUGUAUUAAACACUGCGCUGCCUGUACUGGAGCUUGUGCCCACCGCGGUGUUUCCAUAU